AUGGCCCAUAAGGAUGGAAACGAGUCCGACAGUGAUGAAUUUCGAGGUCAGAUGGUUCAACAUGAAUCAGCAUCAGCAGAGGAAGUAAGGAUGUUGAGACAACAAAUGACUGACAUGUACCAGGCUUGGAUGAAUGGGCAAGCUCCACCAUCUUCAAUCCCUGGAUUCCCGGAUGUGACUAUGUCAAUUCCCAUUGAAACCCCGACAAGUGAUCCACUUUUUCCUCCUGGAUUUGGUCCACAUAUUAACAUAUCCAACACUUCUGGAACUUCCACUGUGUGCCCUCCAAAUGCACCCUUCAGAAAUAACCCACUUUUCAGCCCCACUGUACAAACUACUACAAUCCCUCAACCAACAUUGGUACAGAAGUCCAAUAAUGAGCCUCCAUCUAAAGGUCACCACGAUCAAUAUUAUCCUCCGGAAUUGACUUUUAAAGUCCCAGACUCGUAUAACCCCUUUCAGCAGUAUAGUUCCCCCAUCGAGAUCGAGCAAACUGCUAAGAAUGAGGGACAAGAGGAAAUGGCUAGAAAAAUGAAGAGUCUAGAGCAGAGUGUGAGGAAUAUGCAAGGAUUAGGAGGUCCAAAAAGCGUCUCAUUCAGAGAUUUGUGCAUGUUCCCCAAUGUUCAUUUGCCCCUUGGUUUUAAGACUCCGAAGUUUGAGAAGUACGAUGGUCACGGCGACCCCGUAGCACACUUGAAGAAGUAUUGUAACCAACUAAGAGGGGCAGGGAAUAAGGAAGAAUUACUCAUGGCAUAUUUUGGAGAAGGUCUAGUGGGAAUUGCCUCAGAAUGGUUCAUCGAUCAAGAUAUUUCUAAUUGGCCUACCUGGGAUGACAUGGCAGGAGAUUUUGUUCGACAAUUUCAGUAUAACAUUGAUAUUGUGCCUGAUCGCACUUCUCUCGCUAGUAUGAAGAAAAAGCCUACCGAGAGUUUUAGAGAAUAUGCUAUCAGGUGGAGGGAACAAGCUGCCAGGGUCAAACCGCUGAUGAAGGAGUCAGAAAUGAUUGAUGUUUUCCUCCAGGCACAAGAACCUGAUUACUUCCACUAUUUGCUUUCCACAGUGGGAAAGACAUUCGCAGAAGCAAUUAAAGUUGGGGAAAUGCUUGAAAAUGGCAUCAAGUCCGGCAAAAUUGUGAGUCAGGUAGCAUUCAAGGCUACCACCCAAGCAAUUCAAAAUGGGUCUGGUGGUUUUGGAAAUCUAAAAAAGAAAGAGGAAGGAUCCAUGAUGGUAUCAGGGUCCAGUGCUGCUCAAAGGGGGACAAACCACCAAAUCUUACGAGGACAAUCCAACUCACCUCAACAUUUUUAUCUGCAUCAGGAUCCCCACUACUCAAUUGCUCCACCCCAAUAUACGGUUUUCAACACCCAGGCAUAUGCCCGACCUCCUCAACGCCAACAAUGGAAGGCGCCUGCUCCACAAGGCUUUCGUCCCCAACAAAAAAAUCUUCAAGCACCUUAUAAUCCACGUCCUAAGACUGAUUAUGUAAGAGAACAAAGACAAAGGGAAAAUUUCACCCCAAUUGGAGAAUCAUAUACAAGCCUGUUGCGGAAAUUGAUACAAUUGGGUUUGAUUGAACCUAUCAUGUCGUACAAUGUCAACCCAAAUGCAAGAGGUUUUGACCCCACUGUCAGGUGCGAGUAUCAUUCUAAUGCUCAGGGUCAUAGCACAUAG